AUUAGGGUCAAAAUCAUUAUCUAUUGAAUUAAGUUAAAUGUCAAACAUGAAAGCUGUCCUUAUAUCUAGUUAUUAUUUGACUGUUUUAACCUUUACUUCCCUAUUUAAUGACUAGCUCACUGAGUACAUGUGCUAAGGAUUAACCUUAAACUGUCGAUGUAUUGAAUUUUGGAUUCAGCUGUUGGCGAAAAUAUACAAUGAAUGAAUUUAUUGGUUGAUUUCAAUGAGAUGAGAGAAACUGUUUUAAUACAGAGGUUUGUUCAGUGCCAAGGACAGGUGUAUAAAUAAAGCGAGCGCUUAAAUACCAUUCAAACAUCACAAGGACAUGUGGAAGCUUCAAAGAAACAUUAAAACAUGUCAUGUCGUGUUCUAUAAAUUUUAAUUGACAAUUUAGAAUUUUAUAAAAACACAUCAUUAAAAUAAAAACUUGCUAUCUUCAUACAUACAUACAUUUGGAAUUUGAUGAAACAGAUUUCUGAGUAACAAAGACAGGGAUUUAACUGUUUAUAUCUAUCAGUUGAAAACACUCAGAAUCAAUAUCACGAGUAAAUCUACAUUGGGAUCUUAGCCAAACAAAGGAACAAAAAUUAGUACAUUUUGAAAAAUACACUUAAUCUAGUGGUGCUAUGGUUUAUAAGGUGAAUGUCCCUGGAGUUGAAGAUUUGCUCUUGCGAGCGAUAGAAAAUGGAGAGUUGGAUCGCGUGAAACAAUUGAUAGGGAGUGGAAUAGAUCUCAACACAAUUCUGCACAGCGCAACCCGCUUCGAAAGCACAACCAUUCUAGGGACUGCAGCGUAUGAAGGCCAGAUCAAAAUCAUGGAAUAUCUGUUGAAAUUGGGGGUGAAGAUUAACUAUCGUGAUCCUUUGUGUAGUCGAACUGCUCUUCAUUGGGCCUGUAUGGGAGGACAGUAUGAAGCAGUGAAACUCCUAAUUGAUUACAAAGCAAAUGUAAAUUGCGUAGAUAGGGAUAACAUGUCUCCUUUGAUCAGUGCAACUGUAUUAGGAAACGUAAAAAUCGUACUCGUAUUAAUCUACCAAGGUGCUAUGGUUCUUCAGAAAGAUCGUCUUCGAUGCUCCGCCUUACAUUAUGCGAGCUUCCUCAAUUGGUCUCAUAUUGUGAGAAUUUUGAUUGAGCAUGGUUGCGUCAUGAAUAAUAAAGCCAUAUAUGGCCGAGGCACUCCAUUGGCUAAUUUAGUUUAUCAUGGCAACUUUGAAAAUUGUAAACGUCUUAUUGAAGCUGGUUAUGACCUUUCCCAUGACUCUUGGCUAGCCCAUAUCGGAACAUCAGAGAAUUUACUUUGUUCACUAAAUGAACAUGAAUUGAAUAUGUUAGUGACUGAGUAUCAGAAUACAAAGCCUUUACAAAGGCUAUGUUUAAAAGUAAUAAGGAAACAAUUUCAAGGUGUGAAAAUCGAAAAGAAAAUUGGGGCACUUCCCAUGCCAGAUACACUGAAGUCAUAUUUGUCAUUAAAUAUAUGUUAAAUCAUAGGCCAUUGAAAUGUUCAAAUACUUUACUUGACAUAGUUUUCUUUUUGUGUCACUUUAAUUUCAACAGGAUGAAAGAACCUUUUCAGUCAUGGUAAUUGCAUGUUUGUGCAACACAAAUAUAUCUAACUUGUAAGAGUCUGCAAGGUAUGAUUUGUUAAAUGUAUGUAUGUCAACCAUGUUAGGAAUAAGGCCCAAAAUAUUGAUGUGUUACCCUUAAACAUAUUUAAUUGAAGAGGAAGGCUAUGAAGUGAAUUGUCUGAGAAUAAUUAAUAAUAUUUUGUGUGCAAUUACUGGAAAAUUUUCAAGUAUUACAUUAAUCCAAGGAGAGUUAAUUACAUGUAUUUUUUGUCAAUGACACAGUGGGAUUUCUCACAUAGGCUCAUUGUUAGCUUUAGCUAAGGGGAUGAUUUACAAAAAUACUAAAACACUGGGGGGUGUCAAAUUUGACAAUUUUAGUCCAAAAUCAGUUGAAAAGUGCUAACAUUGGUAAAGAUUGCAUGAUUUUGAAAGAAUUUUUGGCUCAAACCUUCUGGCUAUGGGCCUGUCACACAUUGGUACGUUGGUGCUUCACCUAUCAACUCAAGUCAUAUCAGGUGGAUUAUGCAGAAUAAAAAUGACUAUUUUGAAAACAUGUUAUGUCAUCAAUUUUGCAGUACUUUAUCAGUGUUCGGAUUAUGUCAAAAUGAUGAGUUGAAAAUAACAGUCAUGGAUCUUGUCCAGAUGUGGAAAAUAAAUGUGCACUUUAUUAAAGGUCUGUGUUUUUAGUUCAUUAUAUAAUGAAUGAUUCAUUUCCUUCCUAUUAACCUUAAGCUUGUGAAAACCAUAUUCUUUUUCAGUAACCACAUCCUUAAUGCUAUCUUAAUGUUAUUCUGUACUGAUCUAUUAGACUCUCAUAAUGUAUUAUGGCUAAUAUGAACACUUUUUAUUAAACACAUGUUUUGUACAAAAUUGCUCAAAUAUUUUCACUGUUUUAUAAUAUUCAAAAUAUUUGAAAAACAUUGAAAUGUUGAAUGAUCUGGCUUAUUAUAUAAUAUGUCUUUCUAAGAUGUCUAAUACCUUGUUUGAAUCAGAUUUUCAAAUCAUUGGAAUGCCUUGGACGUAGCUAUUCCAGCACCUAUUUUGGUUCAUUUAAAGAGAGCUUUAUCUAAACUC